GGGGUUCACGGUGGGGAGGAGGCUAAGGGCAGGAAGGACGAUUGUUUCCAUUCCUACAUUUGCUAGCUGCUGGAGACUGUGGAGGCAGGCCGGGGAGCUGUGACCCUGCACAUUCUAGCUGGCAACUUUCCCCAAAUUAGGGUCCGCCGGCUCUGAGGACCGACUUGCCUCUCUAGGGAAGACAGGAGGCUGGUGGUGACGUUUUCUUGGGAAGGGGAAGGGAGGUUGUGGGUAUACUCUUCAGAGCGCUAGCUUUGGGCCCAGAGGCCUAUAUUUGAAUCUUCUCCUACUACCGACUGGUGUUCUUGGGUGGUCCCUUUUCUUUACUGAGCCUCAGUUUUCCCAUCUAUUAAAUGGGAAUAUAAUGCUACCUCCCAGGGUUCCUGUGAGAAUGAAACCAAAAGACGCUGCAAAAUGCUGAGCACGGAACUGUGAGUACACAUAGGUCCGCAUUUAGCAGAGAAGAAUCGCCACUCUAUCCUUGCGCAGUGCACUUUGGGCCAGGCCUGCCCUCUCAAGGGUGACAGAAUGGCUUUCCUGCCCAGGAAUCAAUGGGGCACGUCCAAGAGCAAAAGCCCUGUGGCCAAGGAUGAUCCUGGCGACCUGGCGGCGCUCUGGUUGGUGGCUGCCCUGGCCUUUGCUUGGGACCACAAUAUGGCAAGGACAAUUGCAGCUUUCCUUAAGGACAUCCUUCACCCUUCCUUCUUAAGCGUUAUUCUUAACCCCCAGACACCUUCGCCUCAUAAAAGUGGGAGCAGCUGUCAAAAUUAUUAACACCUGAAGACUCCCUGCUACAGAGCAGAGUUCCCAUUUUGCAGGUGAGAACUGUGAGGUCACAGAUGUAUCCCAGUUAAUGGAGAUAACUUAGUCUCUUCCACUCUCCCAUAUGUGUGUUUAAUGCUGUGUGUUGCAUUCUCUGUUAAUCAGAGAGUAAACAUAGGCCCGUUUGGGCAGCCAGAGAAGGAGGCACCAGGGUCAGACAUUGCAAUGCUUUCAGGAUGGGGCGCCCUACAGGGUUUACUGCGGUCCCCAGGGUUGACGUAAGGAAGAAAUACGACACCAAAUUCAGGAAAGCCACUCUCACCCUCUGCCCCUGGAAUGGACCCUGGAGUUUGGAACAAGAUCUUGCUCUUGAGGGAAAUGGUCCUUGCGCGUUUCGAGCCGGAGAAGACGCCUUUGGCUGUUGCGCAGGGUUCCCCUUCUCCAACGCUCCCCCCUACGCAGUCUUUAAAGCCUCCUCCGAAUGCCGGAUCCGGAGAAGGAACUGAAUCUUGGGCCUGCCGCCUUUUCCCGUAAGCAGCAACCCGGUGGUCUUGUCAGGAAGUUUACGUUUGAAGAGUGGACGAGAUUGUGGGCCACGGCCAGGGCCUAGAAGGCCUCCCAUCAUGGAGACAGUGGAAGAAAUCAGAAUGAUGGGACACAUGGUCAAGGUGGAAAAGCAGCCAGUCAAAGUGCUGAUUUAGAGACUGUCCUAGUGCUGGAGGAGGUCAUGGGGGAUGUGGUCGCUGGUUGACUCCAAGCUGGACCCAGGAAACUGGAAGCCCAUCCCCAACCCCAUCCUUGGAAUGUGUGCUCUGCUUGCCUUCCUCAGGCCAGAAGCUACCCAAGGACACAGCUUUGAGACAGUCAUGUGGUGUUGAGACCAUCUGGAUGGCACACAGGAUGGAGCCCAGUUAAGACCUCUACAUAAACUUUAAGAUUCUGGCAGGCGGGUGCAGAGAUCUGUUCAUCUUGUAGCAGCCACCCAAGACAAGCUUGCAGAUGCCGAUUUGUGGAACCAGAAUAGCAUCUGUAGCAGCUGAAGUCAUCCUAGGCUCUUGGCCCAGUGUCUUGGGAGCCAUUUGACAUGAAGAUGGCAGCCAGGGUGCUUUGGGGCAGCCUCAGCCUCCUCCGCCUGGUGUGGUGUCUCCUUCCACAGACAGGCUAUGUGCACCCCGAUGAGUUCUUCCAGUCACCCGAGGUCAUGGCAGAGGACGUCCUGGGCAUAGAGGCUGCACGGCCAUGGGAGUUUCAUCCCAGCAGCCCCUGCCGCACGGUGGUCUUCCCCCUGCUGACCUCUGGCUCUGCCUUCUGGCUGCUCAGGCUCUGGGAAGAGUGGGGGGCAUGGCCUGGCCCAGUGAGUGGCUAUGUGCUGCUGGUGGGGCCCCGACUCCUCCUUACCGCCCUCUCCUUUGCCCUGGACAUGGCUGUGUACCACCUGGCCCCACGCUGGGGGGCGGAGCGCUGGAAUGCCCUGGUCCUGCUGUCUGGUUCCUACGUCACCUUGGUCUUCUACACAAGGACCUUCUCCAAUGCCAUCGAGGGACUGCUCUUUGCGUGGCUGCUGGUACUGGUAUCCCCCCGUGCAGCUUGGACCCCUAUACCCAUGAAGCCUGCUCCAGGACCGUGGUGGCAGAGCUGGCUUCUUGGGGGCAUUGUGGCUGCUGGCUUCUUCAACCGGCCCACCUUUCUGGCCUUUGCUCUAGUCCCCCUCUUCCUCUGGGGAACUUAUGGAGCCACAAACUCCAGCUUGAAGUCACUGACCAAGGAAGCCCUGGUGUUGCUCCCAGGGGCGACCCUCACAGCAGCAGUGUUUGUGGCUGUGGACAGCUGGUAUUUCUCCAGUCCAUCUAGAUCCAGUACCCUUGUCCUUACACCUGCCAACUUCUUGCACUACAACCUGGAUCCUGUAAACCUGGCAAGGCACGGCACGCAUAUGCGGCUCACUCACCUGGCAGUCAAUGGCUUCCUGCUCUUUGGGGUGCUGCACGCCCAGGCCCUGCAGGCUGCGUGGCAACAGCUACAAGCCUGCCUCCAGGCCUUCGCACCAACGGGCUUCCCGAGGAUGCUGGGCGCCCGGAGCCUGCGGUCCUGCUCCAGGUCUCACCUCCUGCUCCUCUACUUCAUGCCCCUGGCCCUGCUGUCUGCCUUUAGCCACCAGGAGGCUCGGUUCCUGAUCCCUCUCCUGGUCCCCCUGGUUCUGCUUUGUAGUCCACAGAGCCAGCUCGUGCCCCACAAGGGCACUCUGGUCCUCUUCAAUGCCCUGGGCGCCCUCUUCUUUGGCUGCCUGCACCAGGGGGGCCUACUGCCUGGCCUGGGGCAUUUGGAGCAGGUGGUUCACACUCCCAUGCUCCCGCAGGUACCUACCCACUACACGCUUCUCUUCACCCACACCUACAUGCCCCCCCGGCACCUCCUACACCUCCCAGGCCUGGGGUCGCCUGUGGAGGUGGUGGACAUGGGUGGGACUGAGGACCGGGUCCUGUGCCAAGUCCUGAACAGCUUCAUCAGACAGCCAGCCUGCCAGGUGGCUGGUGGGCCAUGGCUCUGCCGUCUUUUUGUGGUGAUCCCUGGCACCGCCAGGCCCACCGUGAAGAAGUGCAGCUUCCCCCUCAAGAAUGAGACACUCAUCUUUCCCCACUUGACCCUUGAGGACCCACCAGCCCUGUCCUCCCUGCUGAGUGGGGCUUGGAGGGACCUUCUCAGCCUUCACAUCCUGGAGCUGGGGGAGAAGCCUGACAAUAUGACAGGAAGUCCACUGUCCAAGAUUCAGCCAUAGGUGAAGGUACCGCUCCGUCUACAUGGGUAGCUGGAUGAGGACAGAGCCCUGACUCUUUUCCUUUCCAGAAUUCCCACCACUGUCUCUCCUGUGCACAGUCUUCAGCUGCUUCACCUUCUGAGUAAACUGACACCCAUUUUCCCUCAAAGACCAAAGAUCUGACCAACCACAGUCCUGAUGCCAAGGUCCCCAAAGAAUUGAUAUAAUCAACAAUGCCGAAUGUCUGUCCCUGCCCUAUUCCUUCCAGCCACUGUGAUGUUUUAAAUAUAUAAAUAGUACCUGGGUGUGAAAGGAGACAAUGAUCUCCUAAUGACAUUCCUGAACGACCUCUCCCAAACCUUCCAGGAUGCCUUACUUCUUGCUGGCAUGACAACCCUUAGGCCUCCUAGGUAACUGGAAGGAGGCAGUGUAGUGACGUAGAAAGAGCAGGUAGCUCAGAUUCAGGGCACCUAGUUCUAGUCCCUGGUCUGCUUACACUGGCUAUGUGAGCUUAAAAAAGCCCCUUUCCUUCACCCAGCCUUAGUCUUCCAAUCUGUAGGAUGGAUCAGAGUGUCUCUGAGGUGUCUGCCAGCACAGGAACACUGUGUUGUUCCUGAGCCUGCGGCAUGUGUCCCCUGGCUAGAUAGGCAUGUCUCUCUCAAAGCUCUUUAAGUAUAGAAGUAGGUGUGGUGUUGUAUUUUAUGGCACUUUGGUGCCUGCUGUCUCAUCGCUGUCUCUGGAACUUUUCUCCGCACCCAGUCUCCUCUACUCCUGUCCUGAGAGAAGUAGUGGAACACUUCUCCAUCUCACCUUUCAGGGAUCGGGGAACCCAGAUGUUCUCCCUCCUCUGCCAGCCCCAGGGGAAAUGGAGACACCAGGCUCAGUCAGCAUCAGUGGCACUUGAGCACAAAUCCUUAAGUUUGGUCUUGUUACUUUCCAAGCCCCUGUCUGAAGCUCCUCUUCAUAAGAUGGAGAGCAAAGAACCCCUGCUGCCCUGGUGGAAGCCAUCACGCCUGGGCACGCUGCUCCCUCCGACACAGGGCACCCCAACUGGGACCCUCGGGGACUGCGGCACCAAGCCUGUCCUCAUUCUCCCUCCUCGCAGCCUUGACAUCUCGUGAGAAGAGACGCCCAGGCCACAGACAGCAGUAUGUUGGAGGUCAGCACAGAGCAGGAGACCAAACCUGUACAAAUGACCAAAUCUGAGCACUUUUCUAGCCCUUACUUCUGCUGCCUGAAGCCUGUGUCACCUGAAAGUUCCACUCCCACAAGUAAGCUGCUCUGAUGCUGCUGCUGGGGUCUUAGUGCCACACGUUCCUCGGGACUCCAGCCCCUAGGGAGAGGAGUCAGUGGUAUGCUGGUAAAUGUUUAGCAGCCCCUUCUCUGGGGCAGAACAGCCCCAAUUUGUAGCAUUUGUCAGUUUCUGUGCUGUAAAUACCCUCACCAUGGCCACUUUCAAACUGCUAAAAUUAUAUUACCGAACUCCGAGUUGGGAGGAGAUGCCAAGGACCUCUCUCCUGAGUCAGUGCAAGCUGGCUGUAGCACACUCUGGAGAGUUCCCUCUUUUAGACUCUGUAGUACCCGUUCAUGGUAGUUCCUUGUUCUCGUGGUUUAUGUUUCUGUUUUGACCCUGAGAUUGUCUUCCUACUGCUACUGGGCACCUGAUAAGCACUUAUUUGCUUACUGUGAAGCCAAAGAUGGCUUUUCUGACUAUAAAAACCAAGUGCCACUUGGAGACAUCCUAGACUCUAAAAGUCCCAAAUUCCUCUGGGAUUCUUGGGACUUCUGUCUCUUCCCUCCCCAAGUUGGGUUCACAGCCUCAGAAUUCCCUGGAGGAACAGCUGGCAUAGCAGUCCACAUAGAUUGCAGUGGUCUGAGCUCUAUCAAAUUGAUCUAUAAAGUGUUGGUAUCUAGAUUUGUGUGGCAUUAAGGGGUGAUUUAGAAUUGCCCUGCAGGGUAGCGGAGUUUGUUGCUUCUCUGCUUCACUUUCUGGCAAAGCUUAGAAGAGCUUGAAAGGCACGCUGGGAGAUUGCUGCCACUGGGGAUGGUGGGAAGAAUUUGUCCUGUUUAUUUAGUAACAGGGUAACUGCUGGGAUGACAAGCCAGUGACUACAGUGGAGGCUUCCCCAAUGAAGCAGGGAGGCAUCCAAAUCACCUCUAGCUGGAGCAGAAAAUGCCCAGUUUUCUGUCUCUGCUCUCAGACUUCUACAAAAAUGGAGAGAACUUAGUCCUUACUUUUUCCACAAAAAAAAUAAACAACUGCCUCCA